UGGGUUAGGAGGGAGCGCGGGGCUAGAGGCUGCACAGCCACAGGACUAUCCCCUCCCGCAUCCCGGUGGCACAGGAUUCCUCUUGUUCCUUUUCCUUUUUUUUUUUUUCCCACCACACUUCAUCACUCUAAACGGGUCGAUUUAAUUGUUAUUAUUCCGUAGUUAUUUUGCUACCUGACUUUUUCGUCUUGCUUCUUUUUUUUUUUUUUUUCCCUUUUUUAUUUGAAGGAUCUGCUAAGACUUUUUUUUUUUUUUUUAAGCCUUAAAAAAAAAAAAAAGGCAAAGAAGGGAAAGAAGCCAGCAGGAGACUGAAAAGAGCAAGAGAAAGUGGCAGCUGAGGAGGACUGUGAAGUCACCUCCCCUUUCUUGGACUGUCGAUCAUAGCGAGAGUUGUACAUUAUUAUUAUUGUUUUUCUUUCUGCGUCUAUCUGUCCACAUACGCAGGCAGAGAAAGAGACAAGUACUGACAGUGAAACUCGACGAGACCAGCCAUGGUAGCAAGGGCUCAGCCUGAUCGGAAACAAUUACCGCUGGUCCUACUGAGAUUGCUUUGCCUUCUCCCUACAGGGCUGCCAGUCCGCAGCGUGGAUUUUACCCGAGGUACCGAUAACAUCACCGUGAGGCAAGGGGACACAGCCAUCCUCAGGUGUUAUGUAGAAGACAGAAGCUCCAAGGUGGCCUGGUUAAAUCGUUCCGGCAUCAUUUUUGCUGGAGAGGACAAGUGGUCCCUGGACCCUCGAGUAGAGCUGGAGAAGAGAAACCCCCUGGAAUACAGCCUGAGGAUCCAGAAAGUGGAUGUCUAUGAUGAGGGGUCCUAUACAUGUUCAGUGCAGACACAGCAUCAUCCCAAGACUUCCCAGGUUUACUUGAUUGUGCAAGUUCCACCAAAGAUCUCCAAUAUCUCCUCGGACAUCACCGUGAAUGAGGGCAGCAAUGUGACCCUGGUUUGCAUGGCAAAUGGGCGUCCUGAGCCUGUUAUCACUUGGAGGCACCUCACUCCUACAGGCAGAGAGUUUGAAGGUGAGGAGGAGUACCUGGAGAUCCUGGGGAUCACACGAGAGCAGUCGGGCAAGUACGAGUGCAAAGCUGCCAACGAAGUUGCCUCAGCAGACGUCAAGCAAGUCCGGGUCACUGUGAACUACCCUCCCACCAUCACGGAGUCCAAGAGCAAUGAAGCGGCCACGGGACGACAAGCCUUACUGCGGUGCGAGGCAUCAGCAGUGCCCACACCUGAUUUCGAGUGGUACAGAGAUGAUACCAGGAUAAACAGCGCCAAUGGUCUGGAGAUAAAGAGCACGGGGAGCCAGUCUCUGCUGAUGGUGGCCAAUGUCACUGAGGAGCACUACGGGAACUACACCUGUGUGGCUGCCAACAAGCUGGGAGUCACAAAUGCCAGCCUAUACCUUUACAGACCCGGCACAGGGAGAGUAGACAACGGCUCCAUGAGUUUGGCCGUCCCACUGUGGCUUCUGGCAGCGUCCCUGCUCUGCCUACUCAGCAAAUGUUAAUACAAAUCAGAAUUAAAAGAAUAAUAUUAAUAAUAAUUAAAAAACAACACGACAACAACAACACACAAAACAAAACGCGUUAUACAGGAGACAGAGCGAAGAGAAGGGAGAGAGAAAAAAGGGGGGGGGAGAGAGAGAGACGACUGUUUCUUUCACAAUUUUUGUGUGUUCAGGAGCGAAGAGGGGGGAGAGGAAAAAUUACAGCAAAGAAGACUCAGCAACAUUUAAUCCAAAACCUGAAAAGUCGGCUGUCAAGUCAUCGACUGCCUAGGAGGCAACACGAAGCGAGGGAGAGAAUGGGGCACCAGCAAGGAUCGUGUCGCCAGAGGAUGCUGCAAUGUAAACAAUCCAACAAAACCUGCAAAGCCAAUCAAAAAGAAGAUCCCUUUUCUUUUCUCUCCUCCUUCCUCUUUUCCAUACUCCCUCACUUUCCUUCCUUCCUCCUCUUUCUUUCUUUUGCAGAAAGAGGUCUUUGCUUCGGUGUCUAUAGCUGUUUAACUUUUUGGAUGCCCUGGGUCAUUUUUGUGAGCUAAUGCUCAGCCAGUUCAUACUUUUAAAAACAAAUUUAAAAAAAAAAAAAAGAAAAGAAAAGAGAAAAAAAAAUAUCUGCCACAAACCAGAGCAAGUCACCUGAAGCUCUCUGCACACUGGUGUCCUGUGAAGAACCCCUUCCUCUCUUCACUUCACCCUGCGUUCAUGUGCACCAGCCCUUGCUAAACACCUUAUUUCUUGUCACCUCCUUCAUGCAACAUCACCCCCACAGGCCUAAUCUAAAGCUGUGUCAACUCUACUGAAAGCCUACUUUUUUUUCUUUUAAAAUCCUCUUCCUUCCCCCCCCCCCUCAAUUCAGCCAGGUGUCUUUCUCUUUCUCCUGUGUAUGCCUGUGUGCGUGCGUGCGUGCAUGCAUGUGUGGCUCUUGCUCCGUCUUCCCUCUUUCUCUCUUUCUCUUGCUCUCUCUAAGCAUGCAAAACAAGCAGCCCAUGUGUACAUAUGCUCAUCCUGUUGUAGAUAAUGUCCUGCCUUGUAAGUGUGAGACAAGAUGCAGAGAGAUCACUUAGAGAAGAGGGGUGAGGAGAGAGGGGCAGCUGCAGAACAGGUUCACCUUGUGUCCCCUCUCCUGUGUCCUCACUGGCUUUUUGUCUUCUGGCCACCUUGCUUGCAAGAGUCAGUCUGCACUGUUGUCUAGGCUUUUUCUCCUCUCCUACUUCCAACCUGUUUGGCUCUCAGCCUCCAAGUACCAGUGUAGCAGCUCUUGCUAUGCAUGAGUGCUUGCACACGUGCAUGGGGGUGUGCACUCAUGUGCAAUUGUCCAAGCAAGCAGAAGAAACCAGGACUGGCCUACAAUACUAUGGAUUGAAGAGUGCAGUCACCAUUCCUUCUGGGGAUGGGAGGCUGGGCUGGUGGGAUGUGAGUGAUGAGACCUUGGACAUCACCAAGCAGCCAUUCCUUUUAGAUACAGUGUGCAUAGGAACGAUACCUCAACAUGAAAACCACAAUCUGGUCAUUCCUAACCAUUUUGGUAGACUUGCAAAAAUAGAGCCAAUACCCUUUUUCGUUACUUUGUUGUUUUUGUUCUUACUGUCCUCCCCAGUAUAAAAGGAAAUGUAGGCUGUGUAAGGGGGAGUGUGUGUGUGUGUGUGUGUGUGUGUGUGUGUGCGUGUACGUGCUGUAUACCACUGCUAUUACAAAACACACUGCAAAUUCCACAUUUGAAAGAAAUUGGGUCAGAAAAUGUCCAGGACCUGUGAAUGUAAGAAAUAAAACAAAUGUCAGGUCCAAAAUCCUGGGCUUGCAAAGAAGGAGCUUAAAAUGAUGCAGCAAAGAAGUGGGCAGUACAAUUUCCCCUGCUCGUCUCUUAUCUCAAGGGUGCUGGUCUUGCUGGAGAGUGCCCCACACUUCCCAUGUGGCAUAAUCACAUACAGAGGUGCCAACAAGAGAGGCUUUAGUGGUUCCCAAGUGAGGAGGCAAGUAAAAGCUGUGAGAAACAGGACUGAGAAAAUGCUGAGCGGUGGCUGGAAUUUGUCAUACCAGCACAAGGUCUGCUGCAAGAGUGAGCAGGGGCUGCAGUGCCUGUGUGUGGGUGGGAGCAGUGAGAAGACUUCUGUGUCCCCUGGCCCAUCACGAGCCAUAGUAUUCACCAGCAGCAAAGAUGAAAAACACAGGGUUUAUCAGGUAGGCCUUUUUUGGAGAGAAGGAUGUGCAGGGGAGAGCUUGAUUUAGCCCAGUGAAGUCGAGUGACCAUCCCACGACAGCAGAGUGUUUACAGGUGCUCAGCCACUCAGAUUUCAAGCAGCAGCCAGUUUGCUCCUCUGUCUUUGCCCUGUGCACCAGGGUAGUGGCAGGACGCUUGGCAGCUGUGCUCACAUGCAGGCAAGGGGGAAACAGCUUGGCCUUGCAGUGUGCAGGAAGGGAUGCCCACCAGGUGUCCCCUGACAGGAGGGGAAGUGGGAAUUGCUGCCUGUGAGCCCAUCCCCACCUUUGUGUGGGUGGGGCACAGCCCGGCGAGGCUUCUGCCUUGCACUGUGGCGCUGCCAGCGCUGCUGAGCUCAGCUGUUCCAAGAAGCAGCAGGCAUGCAAUUAAGCAGUCAAGGGCUCCUCCCAGGCAGCCAGAGUGAAAGGAAAUUUAUUAAAGGGACACGUGAGAGGCUGAAGUUUGAGCAUUGCAAGAGCUGCUGUGGGAUUGGAUGGUGGUAAUUUAUGCUCCUCCGGACCCCAAAACCUGCAAGAGGGUGCAAGUUGCAAGUGGGCAACUGGUGCUUGAAAUUUACCCAAGGCAUCCAGGGAUGGCUCCCUUCCUCCAAAUUAGGGCAGUCAUUGAUGGGACUUGGGCAUUUCCUUUGGAGACUGGUAUGUGUCAGCCCAUGAAAAAAAAUGCCCUGCAUCCUUCAGAGCAUUCAGAUGUCACAAUCCUCGUGCCUAACCUUCAGGAGGGCCAUCUAAUUCAGUCUUAGAAACAAGUCCAGAUUUUCUACUGCAGCAGGCCUCCUUUUUCCCCUGGUGCAGCCAUAAAGUAACCCUGGUCCCAGAAGGCAGGUCUGGGAGUUGCAUUCUUUCCUGCACGCUGGCAUGAGGGAAACACACAGUGCUCUUUCUGGGGGCUGUACCUGUUCCUGGAUUUAUUGCCACAGGAUUUAUUUGUUGUCCUACUUUGACAAGCUGCUCCUAAGGGCUGAGUCAAGCCCUCUUUAGGUUCUUUGAUGUCAGCCUGGUUGCUAUGGUAGCACCUGUCCCAUGUGUUCUCUGCAUGUGCUUUUGUCACCGUGGGGUCACUCCUAGGCACUGGGGUCACACACAUCAGACCUCUACAGUGUGAUGGCAGUCAUCUAGUCCCAGCACCUCAUUAUCAAAUCUCAUUAUAAAGGAGUUUUGAGGGGAUGGUUUUUUAGAUGUCAAGGCGUAUGGGAGAUGUCUCACUAAAAGCAGAGCAUCAAUUUUUUUAAGCCAUCUGCCCAUUAGUGUGGGAAAUGGCCCCAGAUCCAGUGCUGGGGACUGGUCUUUCCUGCAGGCCCUGGGCAGAUCUUUGCCUCUGUUGCAUGGCUGUGAAACAGGGUGAAAGCCAGUUAAUUGCAGACCUCUCUGAGAAAAGCCACCAACACCAAGUAUGCCUGUUAUCUGCAGAAGUGCUGAGAACUCUACUGCUGACAAUGUCUGUUCCUAGGGAAAAUAUGGUAGGUUGGAGCUUGAUUUUCUCCAAGAAUCUAAUCCUGUGAGCUGCAGUGUGCUUUACAGGGUGCUGUAAUAAUCCCCCUGUUUCUCCUGAACUCAAGGGGAACUCAAGCUCUCCUGAACUUUGAGGGAUUGCUCAAAGCACCUGUUGAGAGGUGAGCCCAGAUGAAGAUAGGAACCACAGGCAAGGUCUAAUGCUUUUUCCCAUUCUUUCUCCCCUCCAUCCUCUGAUGGAGACGUUGCAAUGGCUUUCCUCAUCUCUCAGGCCCUUCUCUCUGAAACUUUCUCCUAAUCAUCUCUUUUCCCCGUUUACAUUGCUAUCUUCCCCAUCACCUCCCAAAAAGCUGUGUUCUUGCUUCCUGCUGCCUCUCAGCUGCUUGGGGACCAGGGAAGAUGGGUGUUUGGAAUGGGACACCAGUUCCUUGAGCUUGUCAGUGUAAUUGUGUUUGAUUGAUGGAGAUUUAACAUUAAGUGUUAUAAAAAGAUAUGAACAAAAUGGAAAAAAAAUUGUAUUUCUUCUACUGGUUUGUAAAUAUUACAAGAGUUACAUGAGAUGUCUGGUAAUGUCAAAGCAGAGGAAAAAAAACUUAGAUUUCAUAUAUGGCCCCAUAAUUGCUAGCAGAUUUCUAACCCUUUUCAGAUGACCAAGAGGAGGGGUGAAGGCAAGUCUUUCUAAAGGAACUGGGCAGGGAAAUGUAACCACCCCGAGCCACAUGAACUCCAUGCAUGAUUGUAGCAUGUUGCUUGGAGCGUGUGCCUGGUCAGAUGGAAAACGAAGCAAACGCCUGUCUCUGAAUGGCUGGGAAGGGCGCCGUGGGAUGCUCCAGCCGGCCAACACCUGUAUCUUGGCAGUUGUGUUCAUUUCUGUUUGUUUGCAGCCCCACACUCGCGAGCUCGUGGCUCAGUGAUGCACCCUCUUCUCCUCCCCCGUACCUGCUUUCUUCACUGGUGAAGUUGUGUUGCCCCAUGCUAACCCCGAGUGCAUGUGAACGUGCCAUUCAUGGAGAUCUCAUUGGUGACAUGCAUUGUGUCAAGAGUUAGUCUUUGUCUGCACAUCUUUCUCACACCACUGACUGUUCACCACUUGGGCAGAUGCUUGUGCACUGCUGCUUGACCCACUUUUGGUCAAAGAACAUCCAAGCCCCACCAGCUCUUCUUAGUUCCAGGUGCAUCCAGACCAUGCUCCCAGGCCACCUGUCUGAGCAAGCCCGUUCUGAAAGUCCAAGCACACGGCAUGGACAAAGCCACCAUCAAAAGCCAUGUGGUCUCCAGGCUGGGUAGCAGCUACACAUCUGGAAGGAAUUUGGGGGAGCAGCAAAAAGUCCUGAUGAAACAAGAGGAUCUGAGAAGUCAGAGGAGUUAUGCUAGAAUCCUUCACAGACCCACCAGCAGAUGAUAUUUCAGCUCAAUUUUUGUGUAGUGUUUCAUCACUUUGCCCUUCCCUGGUGAGGGAAUCUGUGGGCACAGGGAAACACUUCUUCUCCUCCCAGCCCCUCACACCUCUGCUUCCUCUCCUCCAAGCACACUGACCUGCAGCCCAAAUCAUCAUGGUGCUUGAUGUGAUGUAGCAACUGACAUGGGGGAUGGCUGACCAAGACAGUAUGACAGAGGAGGUGCAAGGGGGGUGAGCAGUUCUCUCUCUUUCUCUCUCUCUCUCUCUCUCUUUCUCUCUCUCUCUCUCCUGAUGGUGCACAAUCUUUCUGCUUCUCUGACUCAAGGACACAAAACUUCUUGAGUUAGGGAUGCCAGGAGCAAACUGUCUUAUGGAAAGAGCAAAACUUGAGGCAGGGAAGUGAUGGAGAAGCUGGAUGGUAAUUUCCAAGCUGUGAUGCCGGUGGAAAAGGGUAGGGAUGAGUGUUGUCCAUCAUCCAUGCACAGAACUCUCAGGUUCACCAGCGAGGAGACCAUGGCCUCUCAACGCUAAUCUUAGAGUGGCUUCAUUUCCAGUGGGAUGCCCAGAAGAUGAUUUUUUUUAAUUGCAUGACUGCUGACUAAGCGCUGUGUCACACCACUAAAACCUCUUUCACUUUUCCUUCUUGUAACUUGCUAGAACAGUGAUCAGGCAGCUCCCACAGCCCUCAGAAUUUUGCCUAAUGGUUGGCUUCCAUUAGGGCAACAUAUGGUGCUUGCUUGUUGGUUCACUGGCUGUAACGGGGAGCAGAACUCAUCUUGGUGAGAGUACGUUGCUAUGGUCCUCUGUACCUCCGUGGGUCAAGGUGAUAGAGCGAGGCAAGGAGAUCUCCAAGGCAGGCCUUGGGCAAGAGGAGCAGCUCUCCUAAUUAGCCCAGGAGGUGGGAAGCAAAGAGUCCUUCACCUGCUGCAGGCUUGGGUUAGCUGGUGUCACAGCAGCUCAGAUGGCCCUGCAAGCCUUGUAGGAGUGGAGAAGGAGGGGACAGUGACAGGGGGACAUGACUGCAGCACAGGUGGUGGGGGCUGCAUGAGCAGCAGGGCUCCUUGGGCAGCGCAGCUGGGGAAGGGGCAGAGACUGCAUUCCCGGUGGGCCCUUCUUUCCCUGCCUGUACUCAUGGUGCAUCAGGAGCUCCCUCCUGGCCUCCCAGGGCAUGCUCACCAUGCAGAAAAAUGGGCCUCAGUGAGUAAAGCAGUGUGGCACCACAGUGGUUCCAGCCGUGUCCUGAGGAAAGGCGUGUGGAUGUUUCUGUCCAUAACGGAGGGGCCAUGGGUGGAGACGAGGAGCAAGGCCUACUUAGGAGCCAGCCAGUGCGGAGAGCACGUCCCAGGCGGGGCUCUCCUUCUCCAGAAUUGUGACAUUUGCUCCCCAUUCGGCCACACACAGGCUCAUACGCACACGCCCGCCAGCUCCACGGCGCACAUGCUACAGGAGUGCUCCCGGGACGCUCUCCUUCCCCACGCCCUCCACCACGCACAGCCAGGCAGGCGCUCAGCCACCUGCUGCUGGCCGUGGCUCUGCCUGUGACACACAGCUACGCUGUGACCUCCUGAGGAGCCAGGAGAAGGCCUGGGCAUGCCUGUGCCUGUGCCUGCAGGAGCACAUGUGUGUGCCAGGAAAGGGAGGAGGGGGCACAGAGCAGGAACUUGCCUCCACCGUGCCACCUCCCAAAAUCAUUCAACCUUCCCGGCUGGAGCCAAGAUUCAUCCUCUAGACCUUGAGAAUGAAGUCCAGUCCCUUCUUCUUGCUACAUGGUGGGGUGGUUAGAACUCUCCUCAUUAACAGUGUUAUAUACAUAUAAAUAUAUAUAUAUAUCUAUAUCUUUAUAUAUAUUUUUCCCCAGCACUGUAGACAUGAGCUGAACUUCUCUUUGAUGAAACGAGAAAAUGGCCAUUUUAUUUUUCACCAUUGUUUUGGUUUUGAAACUAGCUCUGUGAAAGAAAACUUUAAAAGCGCAAGUGUGUGUGUAAAAGAACCAAUCAAAAAAAUUAAACAACCCAACAAACAAAUGAACAAAACCCAGUGAUGGAAUAAAAGAAAAAAAAGAAGCUUUUUAUUUUUUCUUUUCUCUAUGUAUUUAACUUCUGUUAUCUCGUUUCUGUUUCUUUACAUGUAUGAAUGCUCUGCUCUUCUGUGAUCUUAAAAAAAAAUACAAAAAAAUACAAAAAUUAAAUAAACGUGAAAAAGAGGUAA